AUGGCCAAGCCGACAUUAGAAGGUCUCCCAACGGAGCUGCUCAUUCUUAUCUUGCUUGAAAUACCCGAUCUGGUUUCUCUCAAGUCUAUCGUGCUUUCAUCGCCAAUAUUUCACCAAGCCUACCUUACCGUGCGACUGGAAGCUCUCUCUGGCAUUGUCAAGGAUCAAUGGGGAGUGCUUCUGGGAGAUGCAAUUGCUGCUACACGGUCUCGUGGUCUCCAGUUCGCCAAUCACAAACAGGAAGCAAUUGCCAUAUUAGACACCUGGCGUCGCAAAGAAGAGAUCAGGGAUCUUGCGUUAGGCUCAUCCAUUCCGAUAGAUGAGCUCAACAACCUUGAAGAGAUUUUCAACCUAUUUUACCUUCACAAGGUGUUCCAUUUCUUUUUGCAAGAGUACGACAUGAAAGCACCGCGGCCCCCGUGGAUAUCAAAUGAUCAAUGGGAGCACUCAAUUCUCCCCAUGAAUUUGUCUGACACCGAAAAGCACCGAUUUAUCAGAGCUCUAUGUCGACUACAAAUUUACGCCAAUGUCUUUAGUGAGUAUGAGCAUACGACUAUGACUGCCGAGAACAAAUGGAAUAGUUGGGGGGGUUGUGGCAAAAAUGGCUCUCAUCAUCUUUAUAAAGAGGGAUAUCGUUUGUUCUUUGGAGCGAUGCCUCCUUGGGAAUUCCAAGAAAUAGGCUGUCUAUGGGCAUUCUUUACGACAAUGUUCGACCAUAUUUACAAGGAAAUUUCUGUGGGUCUACACGACCUCGUGGAGAAGCAUAUGACCACAGAUCCCGAAUAUGCAUGGCAACGUCCAUAUUUCGAACUUCUCCCUGAUGAUAUAAUGCCCCCUUGGUGGAAUGGGGUAGACAGACUCUCAAAUGUCGAGCUCAUUUGGAAAUUUUCAAAUUCGUUAGCUUUGCUGGGACCAGACUUUGUCUACCGCCUUCUUCAUGGAACACCCUUGAUUCAGCGCGAUAUGGUGAUGCUCAAUGGAAACGAAGACCUACUCCGCAUAUUCCCUGACAUGUAUUUGCAGGAAGAGUGGAUGGUGCCUUUUAUUUAUCCCGCAGAUCGACACGCAGUCCAAGAUUAUGAGCAGCUUUGGUCGACAUUGCCAUCCAUAGAGCAACCUAAUCUUGGGUGGAAACAGGUUCAUGUGAUGCCUGAAACACCCGAACAGACAUUUGAAGAAGCGAUUGAUGUCGAAUGUCCACGUAAAAGUGUAUGGCGAUGGGGUUACGCUAUAUUUGAUGAUGAAAGAUUGACGGCAUGGAAAGCGCCUUUGAUGGAAUUUCGUUUGGGCAACGAGCCCGAAUUUGCAGUUUGA